AAUCUCUCUCAUUUGCCCACUUAUCUGCGCCGCCGACCUACAGAAUCUCGGAGAAACCUUACCGGCGGGGCGGGAACCAUGCGUCUUCACUCAGCAAUUACUCUCCGAAAUCUGUUCACCAGAAAGUCUCUCCGAAUCCCACAGAAUCUAAGCAUUACCGCUUCCCCGUUAUUGAUUGGAGAUGUCUCCGGUCAAAUCAAACCUUCAUCAACGUCUCACUAUUCGAAAUCUAGUCUCUCAGAAGCGUCAUCAUCAUCAUCUAGCUCACUAAUUUUCCAGAUCCCAAACAACGCUUCAUUCUUCCUGGAAAAUCAGAGGAGAUACAGCACCGGCUCCAGCAGCGGUUCACCGCCAGAUGUAAACAAGGUAGUGGACGAGAUUAAUCUCAAGUUCGCUGAAGCUCGUGAAGAGAUCGAAAUGGCUAUGGAUGCGAAGGAGACGGUUUACUUCAACGAAGAAGCGGAGUGCGCGAGAGACGCCGUGGCAGAGGUUUUGGAGAUGUUUCAAGGUUUGCUCGGGAAAGUAACAGAGAAGGAGAAAGCUUCUCUGCAACGAUCCAUGGGACUCAAGAUCGAACAGCUAAAAGCUGAGCUUGAACAGCUGAACGAAUGAUCGAUUGCUGAUUUUGAUUCCGUGGAGAAACGAAGAGGUUAGCAGAAAUUUUCCUCUUCUUCACCGAGCCAUUGUUGUUAGCUGAUUAUCAUCUGUGUGUGCCUUAAUAAAUCUACUCCAUUUAGGUCAAAUUCAGAGCAUUUGCAAUGCUUGUGAGUUGUGACUGUACUCUUUUGAUUACAGGAAAAGAAAACUUGAAACAGUUUAUUAUAAGUUUCUAUUGCAGUGAGCUUCGUUGAGUGUGUUGAUCUUUGAUUCUUUACAUUUACAUACUUCUGUAAAAGAACAAGCUUUAUCAGGAGGAAGAAAGAACUUAGACAUUUACUCAU